AUGAAAUUUGGCGAAGCGCUCAGUCAGGGGUUGGUGCCCGAGUGGAAGGAGCAGUAUGUGGACUAUAAGUCGGGGAAGAAAGUUAUCCAUAAGGCCUCUGCCAGUCGUCAGGCUGUGGAGGAUAUGAAGACUAAUGAUACUACUCCUUUGCUUCAAGCGAGAGAUGGGCAGCAUUAUGUUCCUCAGGUGCCACUACUUCCUCCUCCUGCAACUCAGGGCCAAGAUGAUUCGUCCCGAAGAAAAGCAUCCAUCUUCAACUUCUCGAGCAAGUCCAACAAGGACAAGAGAGAGCAAUACAAUGAGGACAAGACAGAGUUCUACAAGUGGCUCGACCUAGAGUUGGAAAAAGUAGAUACCUUUUAUAAGCAGAAAGAGAAAGAAGUAUAUGAAAGAUUCCUUAUCCUAGAAGACCAGUUUUUCCACUUGAAGGACCAUAGAGGUCAUAUGCAAAGACGUGUUUUGUCAGUGACCUCGUCCAAAGUACCUGUCAACGCAGCUGUCGAUGGGCUUGCCAUUAAGUUUAGAGCAUGGACCCUGCGUCUCCAGAAGUACGAGUUUCCCUCUCUUCCUUCUACUGCCUUUCUUGACAAAUGGAGGAAGAAGAAGCUGAAAGACCCAAGCCUUCGUCUUAAAGACCAGGACAAGAAAGACGAGUACGAUCCUAAUUAUAUCGAGAAUCAGAUUAGAAACGGAAAUCUAGAGUUUCUCGAGUCUGACUAUGACGAUGAACUGAUUGCCCCAUCUGAAGACGAAAGAGCUCCUCAACCUCAAGAACCGACUCCUGCUCAGGCGAAGCAGCAGAAGAAGAGUGAUUACACCAAGAAAAAGAGCUUUGGAGUGCCUUACCUCUAUGCCAAGAGACAAUUGAAGGGUGCUUUGGUGGAACAUUAUAGACUCAUCGCCCUACUCAAGUCGUACAGGGUGAUGAAUAGAACGGCGUUCCGUAAGAUCACCAAAAAGUUCGACAAGGUUAUCGGAACAAGCACAUGUAACGACUUUUUGAAGAGAAUUGACAAGCAGUCGUACUUCCUUACUAGUCCUGUCUUGGACAAGAUCAUGAGUCGUGUUGAGGAUUUGUUCAUGACAUACUUUGACAAUGAGCAUCAGGAUAAGAAGCAUGGCUUGGAAAAGCUCAAAAGUACGACCUAUGCUUAUAGCAAUGCCGAGAUUAGACAGCCUCAGCAUUAUCGCAGUACUUUCUUUUCAGGAGUAUUCCUAGGUAUAGGUUUACCAUUAUUUAUUAUUGGCUUGGUUGUUGCGUUGGAUAAAACCCUCAGCAGCCAAAUGGCAGAAGGUAGGUUCCUUUUGCAGAUUUGGGGUGGUUUUUUACUCAUCAACUUGGCUUUCUUCUUUGUGGGCAUCAACUUACUCGUUUAUGAUUACUACAAGAUCAGUUACAAAUUUAUUUUUGAGUUCAAUUUGGCAAACGCAUUGGAUUUCAAGCAAUUUUGGUUACUACCGUCGGUGAGUUUCUCGUUCCUAGGGCUUUUAGGAUGGUUUUCGUUUAAGGACUUCUGGCCUGAAACUUUCCCAGGUAGAACUUUUCCACUUAUUUAUUUGGCUAUCAUGCUCAUCGUUUUCCUUUGGCCGGGCUCCCAGCUUUAUGGGGCAAGUCGGCAAUGGCUUCAAAUAGCACUUUGGAGAAUCGUAUGGUCGGGCCUUUAUCCUGUUGAAUUCAGAGAUUUCUACUUGGGCGAUAUCUUAUGUUCGUUGACUUACCCGAUGGGUAACAUCUCCUUCUUCAUUUGUCUUUAUGCUGAUAAAUGGAAGAAUGUCCUUGGAGGUGGACAAGUGCCUUCCUCGUCCGUCAGAUGUGGUUCGGCUUAUUCACGUCCAAUGGGUUUCCUUCAAUCGCUUCCUUCAAUCUUUCGUUUCUUACAGUGUCUUCGUCGUUUUAUGGACACUGGUGAUGCAUUUCCCCAUUUGGCUAACAUGGUCAAGUAUUUGAUUGGUGCUAUUUACUACUGCUUGCUUAGUGUUUGGAGAAUUGACCGGACGAGUCUGAAUAGAGCAGCAUUCAUCACUUUUGCAUGUAUCAACUCUAUCUACACCUCAGCAUGGGACAUUGUUAUGGACUGGUCGUUGGGACUGACAACGUCAAAGAACUUCCUUCUCAGAGAUCACUUAUUCUACAAAAAGAAGGAGUACUACUAUGUGGCUUCAGUAAUGGAUGUGAUUCUUAGGUUCCAAUGGAUCUUCUAUGCAUUUUUCUCGAGUCAGAUCCAACAGCUGGCAGUGACCAGUUUCUGCAUUGCGCUUGCAGAGCUAUUCAGGCGUUUCGUUUGGAUGUUCUUCCGUAUGGAGAAUGAACACUGUACCAAUGUGAUUCUUUUCCGUGCUUCCAGAGACUCGCCCUUGCCCUACAUGGUUCUGUCUAAGGUUGAAGCUGCCAUCAAGCGUUUGGUGGACAUGAAGUAUGACAUCUACAGAUCUUCAGAGGACGAAUCGUCGCCUGAUUCCGAAGCAAGCUUCAGUUCUGUUCCUGGCGAUCCAUCCUUGGGCAAGACGUCGGCUGCAAAAAGCACGGCCUACAGCAGGAAACUGGCCAAGACUGACCAUCUUUUCGAUGAAGAAGCCAGUAUUGACUCUCAUCAAAAGUCCGACCAUAAAGGCCAUGCGCCAAUUGGUGAAGUCUUACGCAGACGCUCUACCAUUAAUGCCAUCCUGAAUGCCUUGAACAAGGCCCAUAUUAAGGAUUUCCAGAGAAAGACUUAUUCUGUGCCAAUGGACGAGAGUGACGAAGAAGAAGAUGACGACGAUGAAGGCGGAGCAAAGAAGGCGGGGCCUUCUAAAGCACAACACCCAACGCCUUGA